AUGCGCGGAAGUUCUUUUCUUAAUUCAGGUGGUUUCCUCUGGUUAAUUCUCCCUGUUGUUAUUGCAACAUAUUAUAAUCCUCCAGUUUUACGGCACCCAUCUUCUCCCCUAUCGGAUGAUCAGUCGACUGUUACUCCACAUGAGGUAGCAAGCAGGAAGGAAAAGGGCCUACCUGCGAAUACUCCAACUGUAUCGCGUCCUCUACCUCCUCAAUCCUAUCCUCCCCACCACUCCCCCUCCCCCACCCUUUCCGCUAUUCCUGAAAAUAGUAUUAGGAAACCUCCUGGCUUGAAGAUUGUUGCCGUGAUAUUUUACGGACGGCCUGAUAGAGUUGAAAUUCUUGAUUGCUAUCUAAAGAGGAAUCUCGUGGCAAACAGAGGAUGGAUCGAUGAGGUGUAUUGGGUGUCCAAUACCAAGAACCAGAAUGAUUUGAACUGGCUGGAUAAGCUGCUUCCUACUUCACCUCUAUAUAAGAAAAUCUCACCGGAUACAGAUAGUGAGAGAAAAGGAUAUGCCAGAUUAUGGGACAGCGCUGUGACUGAACCGGAUACACUUUACCUUAAAAUUGACGAUGAUAUUGUCUACAUUAACGACCAUGCGAUCCCGAAGUUGGUGUCGCUGAAGCUAGGGAGCAACCACUCUUUUAUCGUCUCUGCAAACGUUGUCAAUGGCGCUCCUCUUUCUUACCACCAUUACCGCACAGAAGCUAUACGACCUUACCUUCCCGAACUGACGCAGCCCAGCGACACUUCUCUGGGAAUACCGACGUGGCGUGCCUCACAACUCCCACCCUGGGAGGGCCCGGAUGAUUUCGAGUUCCCGCUCGGAGUUGGCACCGCGCCGUAUCCGAACCACCGCUGGCUACCCCUCCGCCACGGGAAUCGAAGCGACAUAUAUCGUACCCCUAUCCAACACUCACUCUGCAACCCAUGGAAAGAGGUAUAUGGAAAGUGGUCUCUCGCCGCGCAGCAGCAUUUUUCCUUUUUUGAAUCCCUUGAGCAGAACGCAACCGAUGUGUAUGAUUUUGCCCGUCGUGGUGUCUGGAAUAUGGGUUUCGAACGGAUCAGCAUCAAUUUCAUUGCCGUCUGGGGAAAAGAUAUCAUCGACCAUCUUCCAUUAGUUGAUGACGAAGCAAUGUUGACUAAGACAAUCCCACGGCGGUUGAAUAGACCUGUCCUUGUGGCAACCGGCGCCCUCGCUUCUCAUUAUGCAUUUACCUCUCAAGUCGAGGACCUCAAGAACACUGAUAUCCUAUCUCGAUACCGCGCAUAUGCAAAUGAGUUGAUUUGUCCUGGUACAUUAAUCUAA